GUGAUUCAUUCCGAUUUUGUUUUCCUCCUUUUUUUGCACUAAACUUUUGUAGCAGUACCAUGUCUGACUGGGAAGUAGUCGGCGGCAAGCACAAGAAAGAGAAGCCGUCCAACAAGAAAAACGCUAAGAAGGAGACUCAAAAGUUUCUGGACAAGGCUCCAAAGAUUGAGGAUAUACUGCCAGCCUCUGAAGUUCACACAUUAUAUGCAAUAAAUAAUGCUGAAGUGCCAAAUAAGAAAAAUGGAGCAAUCCCCAACAAAAACAAGGUUGAUGAAGGGAAGAAAAAUGAAAAGAAGGCGCCAAAGAAUCCAUCAGGGAAAAAGUCAGCCCCACGGAAAGCUGUCUCCUUUACAGCUGCCAUGAUAGCGCUAGGGAAGCAGAAUUUUGAUGAUUUGAAACUGGAGGUGGAAAUUGGAGGAAAGCGUUUCUCUGAGAUUCCACUAAUGCGACUAAGCAAUCUUGCAGCCUACGUCAACCAAAAACUAGGUAGCGAAAAAUACAGUCUUGUGUUGGCGUUCGAAACGCUUCACAUGCCUCUAAAGCAGCUUCCAUCGAAUGUUCAUAGCCUGCUACAGAAGGAGCUUUCAGCGAUCGGCGAACCAGCUCUAGCAGAUUAUUUUGUUAUGUGUCUUCAAAUGGCAGUGGAAGAGCAUAGUAAAGGCUCACAAAUCAAUGGCUAUCUACUUUUCUUGCAGUUGUUAUCUGUUUUGUCCCCAAACUGUGUUACUAGCAAUAUUUCUAAGAUUAAGUCUCUACUGGAAGCAAAUAGCAAGAAACCAUCAAAUGUUUCUGUAAUUCUAUGGGCCUGCUGCCUAGAAGCUUUGAAAAGUUUCUUCGCUGGUUACAAAGCUUUGACAAGCAUUGUCCUACCGCAUCUAGAUAAUCACCCGCAAGCAGUCUCUGCCUUCCUCCAAUAUUUGUUUUCUAGUUCGCCCCACGUGCGGCCAGUGUCUCCAACAAUGUUCGCCAAGCUGUUACAUAGUUUUGUUCAUCCACCCUUUAGCAAAUCAAGCUCUGUGUCUCUCUAUCAAAGUCAUUUUCCUUCUUUCAUUAAAUCUUCCAUUAACACUAUACCUCGUGAUACUCUGCAUGAAUAUUUUGAGAUUUCUCUAAAGUACCUGACUCCAACUUUAUCUAUUCGAAUUAAACCCGAGCUGUGCUCUUUUACUUACAAGUGCCUUAUUAGUGACCCAAAAACAAGUGGGGUAUGGAAAAAUAUAUUUACUAAGAAUUUAUCUCAGUCUUCAGUUCUUUUGUCUUUUAUUAGUGAGAAGAAUAGUACUAAAAUAGGAAACGGAGCAGUCAAAGAUUCUCAGCACGGCAAAGGUGAUAGUAAUGUUGACAAAAAAUCUACUCCAGGAGUAGACUUGCAGUCCUUGUUCGGAAGCCUCCUCAAAACAGCAAAUGACCUGUCCGAAAAGAAGAAAAGCCAAGAGGGUCUUCAAGAGUGUAAAAAAUGUGGAAAAUUACUGGAGAGCCUUACUCAAACAAAAAUGUCCGCCAAAUCAAAAGCCAGCAAACAACAGAAAUCCUCCUUCUCAUGGAAGGUAUUACUUUUCGUCAUCAUAUUUGCAGCCGCAUCGCUGAUCGCCUAUGAUAUCAACAAACAUGGCAGUUUUAAAGCAUCCAAAACAGGAGUUUUCUUGAAAGAAAGUGGAACUCUGCAGUUUGUCGAUCAAGCCUCUGCUAAAUCCAAAGUUUAUUACAACCAGGCUCACAAGUGGACGGUGAAAAAUGCUCCCAUCUACUAUAAUGCAACAGUUGAGUUUGCUACACCAUAUGCUAUAUUAGCAAAAGAAACUUCUUUGGUAGUGUACAAUAACGCAGUCAAGGCGGCACAAACUAUUUCCUCUUAUGUCCAGCAAAAAUGGCCUGAUUUUAUCAAAUGGGUUGACCAGUAUGCUCCAGAAGGUUUUACACAUCAUGCACAAGAAUCUGCGGUGAAAGCUUGGACCGCUUCAAAGUUCUAUUUUUGGGAAGGCGUGACCCUCAGUGCCAAAUAUUUUAAGAGUUUUGAUGAAUGGGCACGAACAAAUUUGUUCACUGGAAACAUGUCCCCUGAAAAUAUGAAGAAGUAUGCUUCCCUAGCCUUGAAUUCUACCCAAAAGUACGCUUUGGAUACCUACUCGUGGAUCGCUCAGAAAGUCGAAACAACAUUUUCAACUAAAAUCAAAUAAAUUCCAACGUUUAUUCUGACCUAAGGUUUUUAUAUCUCACUCUAUUCGACCAUUCCUGUAAAUUAUAAAUGAAAAGUCUCUUUUUUUAAUUCUGUUUACAAUGAAUUUUUUAUGCGCAUUUCGCUAAUUUUCUAAAAUUGGCUGUCAAGACGAAUUCCGAUUUUUUAAUCUUGUUUUACGAUGAUUGCAGUUUGAAUGAGAUUGUAAGUUCACUCUAAUUACCGUCACGAUAUGCUAUUGCAAAUGAAAAUCAUCGAUAAUGAAGACGAACGAAAUUUUUUUUACUAAUUUCAAUCCUCUGUCAAAAGUAUUUUAAGGAUAAUGGUCUCAACUAUUUUAAACUAAAAAUUGGCCACUUUUCUCUAAAUUUUUUUUUUCAUAUCUUGCCUCAAAACCCAUGUCAAAAAUACAAUAGACUUCAGUCAAAGUACCCGUUUUAAAAGUAUCUUGUGGUCAUUUAAUUUCUCUAUAAUAUUUUAAACCUUUCUCAAAACCAAGUAGAACUUAUACUGUGUACCUACUUGAAUUGGACUAUAUUUUGUUGUAUGGAACUAUUCUUCCUGACUCAUCCAGAACAGCACCUUUCUUCGAAGGGAAACUAAUAGCACUGAUUUUGUUUCUAAUGUUGGGCGUGGAAUAGUAGUUCUCAUUUCAAAAUGUGGUUUGGAGUAAAUUGGAGUAAAUUUUGUAAUAGGAACUACUAUUUCAGACUUAUUUACAAAAACAUUUAUUUGCAUAGCGACAUCAAUGGUUUUUAUGUCGUUUCUAUUAAUGAACUAGGAAUAGUAUUUUCUUGUUGAAAAAUGCAGUAAAGUUUGGCCUCAGCUCACUUUGAUUCGCAAAGAAUCACCUCGUUUUCCAAAAUUAAUCAUUGUAUCAAUUCACUUCUGAUCGCUAUGCUGUGAAAAUCUGAUCAGGAAGCAUGUACUCAGGCCAAAAGGCCUCCCUCAACUUGAUAAGUGAAAGUUGUAUUGAGUCUUAUGAUUUUUUUAUACUGUUAUCUAAUCAAUUAAUUUAAUCUUGUACAUAUUUCUAUGAUAUUGUUUAGAUAGCUGUGUAUAAAUGUAUAUUCAUGUCUUUAGUCAAUAGCAAAGUUUUGCUAAUCCAUCUUUCAAAAUUGGUUCAUCGGGACCCUGCACUGUAACUGAACAUCGAACAGAAUUGGGGGAGAGAAUUCUUCCAAGAAGUUAUUUAACUAACAGCUUAUUCUGGUUUGGCAGAUGAUGUGCUUACCCUAAAAUGUUGAGCACUUGUUGGAGAAGUAUUUCCCUUUGUGUGUGGUAAUUUUGCUGUAAAAAUCUUCAGAUGUACAUCAUCAAAAUUUUUCAUUUAUUUUAACUUACUCCAUCAAAUUUUUAAAAUAUCACCUACUCUACUUCAACUAGUAACUGAGUCUGACGCGAAAGGCGUAUCAACGUCAAUUAGCCUUUCGAAGAAGUUUCUUCUGUGCUUUUUAAGUCAAAAGUUUUCAAAAUAUCAUUUUUCAAUACCAUCUAUGAUUUUUUGUCCUGCCAAAACCACAGUAAUCUUUCCCACUGUCAAUAGAAUCUGCAUUUGGUCCCCUCUGUUCAUCACUUGAGUUAUUGACAAAACCUAUCAAAAACUUGUCAUAGAAUUUUGAGCGUUUAGCACGAAAUUUUCGAUAAAAUUGAGGUAAAGGCAGUAUUGAGUUUGUCAAAAGAGCAUUCUUCUUGUCUAAAAUUGAAGUCUAAACAGAACAUGCAGAAUGCGAAACAAGGACUUAGAGCUUUAAUUUUACACUAAGCCUUUCAGAGUAAUGAGACCUCUAACCUAUUUUCUCUGUUUAAAUACGUCAUUUUGCACAUUUUUAUUAAAUGCUAUGUGAUUAAAUUGUUCAUUUUUAAAAAGGUGCAAGUGACUGAGGUUUUUGAGCCUUAUUAUCCUCAUUGAUCAAGAUAUCUUGAACUCUUGAGUUUUGAUAAGUAAAAAGUUGAAUCGAAGGCUCUUGAAUCUACCGCUUAUUUAGUCUCUGAAGGAAGUCCCAUGAAAACGAAUACAACGAAUGUGAAACAACAGUCGAUAUCAUUCUUCUUAUCUUGAGAAAGCAUGUACAAAAUAUUUUUGGCGUGAAGAUAACUCAUGUGACUUUUUAGGAAAACAAUGAAUUUCAGUGUUCCAUCAUACUGGAGAAACUUACAAAUUGUAAAUGAUGCAUGGUUGUGGUAACCGAUUAUUUGAAGGGUCACAGACUGAUAAUAGAACGAUGUACCCAUUGUUAUUAUUUAAUUUUAGUUAUUGUUAUUGAUAGUUUUUAUGCAUAGUUUUAGCAAAACAUUUCAACAGUUAGCGAGAGUUCUUUGUAAGCAGUCUAAUUCUCUGUUCCAUGACUCGAACCUUUUUGUAUACAUUUUCUUACCCCGUCCUGUUUUUUUUCUACCCAGGUUGUGAAAUCAAUUGAUCCUCAAAAUAUUUAAUUUUUAAGGUCUGUAGAACUUGAUGUCCAACAAUUGACCGUCAAAUGUUUAAGCGCAGCUGUAAUGAGUCAAUUGCAAGUAUCACUAGAACACAUGAUCCGCUAAACUUUAAUAUGUCUUAUCUUGAUUGUGACAUUUCAAAUUUUCCGCUACUGCUGUAUAUUUUUAAAAGAAGAAAUCCAACCUAAUUGCUGUAAAUUUUCUUAGAGCAUUCCAUCAGCAAAGAAGAGUAAUCUCAGAAGUCUUCAAGAAAUUACAUUGACCAGUUUUUCAAUUGAAAAAUUCAGUAUGAUGGAAGUCUACAAAGUUGCAAAUUGAGAUAAGAUGUUUCCAAGUUUUGUUGGUGAAGAUAUUUUAAUCAUUGCUACUCAUAUUUGUAAACACGUUCAUAGUGAGAUUGGGUGCUGGCACCUGACAGUGUUUUUAAUUUUUGAACGGCGUCAAGGGCCGACAAAGGUAUGAUUUAACCAAUGGUAUGGUGCACCUAGAUUUUGAGCUCCAUAGCCUGCUUCAUGUUGGGCACAUGAAGCAGCAACGUACAGAAAACAAUUCAGUCUAAGUUCUUGAUGUAAGUGCAAUUGGUUCAUUACAUGUGGAAGUUCCUUGCAAUUUUUCUUGUGCUUGUUUGACAUUGGAGUGGAGGUUUACUGUAAACUGCGAAAAAUACUUAAACUAGCUGCUAAAUAUUUAAAAUUUAUUAACUCCUGAGUCUGUUGAUAAUUGUUUCAAUCUCACUCAGAAGAUUUAAUCCAUCUACUGAAACCAUGCCUUGGAGUGAGUAUACUAACUCCUUCUCAAAGCCUACCUUUCAAGAUUAAAUUUUUGAUUGUUAUUAACAAAAAUCUACCCUGCCUUUUAUACUGGUACAUUUUUCUCAUCACAGUUCUUGAUUAGAGUUAGAUUUAGAAGAUUUAAUGAGAAAUCAGUCCUUCGGUGAACUUUUUCCCUGUAAAUGCUAUGAUCAACUUUGUACGUACUCAGGGUUGCUACAGUCUGCGUAAAACCGGGAAAUGUCUAGAAAAAAUUUUCACCAAAAUCACCUUUUUUUUUUCUUUUUAGAAUGUGUUUUACAUUUCCAACAACAGAUGUUGCAUGCUUGACAAUUUUUAUAUCAUUCUAAUUAUCCAGCAUAUACUCAAAUGUUCGAGAAUUUUACCAAAAUUUGUCAGGGAAUUUCUUCUUCCAAAUUCUGCAGCAACCGUGUGUACUGAACAAGUGAUUAGAGGCUGAAUCUGAUUCAAAACUCCUUAUAGUAUAGCUUCAUGGAAAAAUGAAAUUUUAAUCGAUAAUUAUUCAACUCUCUGCAUGCUGAUCAUACUUAACCAUUUUCUCUUCUCCUAUCUCUUUUAACUAUAAUAACACUGAACUUUAGGCAUUCCUCUCUUUGUAACCUUUGUUAUAAGAUUACAGAAAAAAAUUAUUGUUAUUGUUUGAGUUAAUAUGCAACAUAAAUGAAUCAUGGUGAUUAAAUGUAUAACGAUCCUAAAAUUUCAAUUUCUUGACCUUUGGUCUGAAUUUUGAACAGUGUAAAUGCCGAACACCUCAUAAAAUGUUCAGUAAUACAUGAAAUGUUAGAUGCUCCCUUAAAAGGAUAUUUUUUGUGAAUGAACCAUUUGUUAUCAGUCACACAAUAAUUAUUACUCAUGCUUUUUUUUUUACCAUGGACGAGGCUUUUAGGAAAGAAAGAUUAAAAUUUCCAAAUAAUUUUGAUAAGAGUCCUAUAAUAUCCUCUGGACACUUGAAAUUCUUAUUCAUACAUAUGUUACAAGAGCAUUAGCAGAUAACGCACUCUUCAUGUUAAAGUUUUGGAGUAACACUGUUGUGUAUUGUUCUGCAUUAUCCCAAGUUACAAAAGCGCCUCAAAUGAGUAAAAAUGUUUUUGUCCUCCUCAUUUCAACUCGCAUUUUUGAGAAACGCGGAGCAUUAAAAAGGCAAUUAUUCCCCCUGAAUCGUCUUCAUUCUUUGAUGCAUUCUUGAGAAACGUUUAAGUACAUCAAAUGCUUCAAGCUCACGAUCUACUCCAUCAUACGCUCUUAUUGCUGAAGAUGUCCUGAUAGUUGUCAUUUUCUGUCCUUCUUUCUCCUUAACCUGUAAGCAUGGGUUUUUUCGAGCAUGAUUUUUCACUUUAAAAACUGUUUUUUAAUCAAUAAAAGCUCAGUUACAUCAACCCUGCACUCUCAUCUUUAUGUAUCUAAAUUUUACUUAAAAUUUGGACUGUCGGGUACCUGCCAUGUUUAUAUUUCCCUGUAAUUUCUAUCUCUUGUGUCUAUAAAAUAUUUUGUUGUUUGCAGCACUUGUAAAAAUAACUUAUACUUCUUCCUGAAUUUUCCGGUGUAAAAGAUGUUAUCUAUUAAUAUCAGAUUAUCUUCAUCAUAACAUUUAGUUUUACAUAAAUUGAAAAAUUAAGGAGCGUCCAAAAAUCUGCCUCCUGUUCUCUCAGUUCGCAUUAAUCUCACUUUAUUUUCAGCUGCAAGUGCUGCACACACAAUCUGGCUUUAGUUAGUUAUUUUAUUUAUAUUGAAUGAGAUGUUUUAAUUUAGUCUAUUGUAUAUAUCGGAUGUUUUAAGAUAUUGUUUGUUUAUUUUUUUUGCCAAUAAAAUAUCAGGAAAGUUA